AUGAAAGGCUUUAUACUAGGAGUUGCGACAUUAGCCUGUCUGUUCCUUUGUAAGGAAGGAUCCGCCUAUUUGCUGGAACCCCAAUGCGGAACAACAAGGACCUUGUACAGGGUGAAACGGGUGGUUGGAGGACAAGAUGCUGAAAUGUACGCCAAUCCUUGGAUGGUAGUGCUCUUCAAAGACCUUCAAUUAAACUGUGUCGGUACGCUCAUCACCUCCCGUUUUGUUCUGUCGGCAGCGAGUUGCUUCGCAACUUCGAUUAAUAAGGUGCGCCUAGGCGAAUACGACAUGUCAACCAACCCAGAUUGUUCAUCGAUGGGUUGUGAGCCACCCAGCUUUGAGAUUGAUAUCGAACGGUUGAUUCCCCACCCAUCGUAUGGCAUAUUUCAGAAUGACAUAGGUCUGGUCAAACUGGCUCAAAAUGUUAUUUUUUCAGACCAUAUCAGGCCGAUUUGUCUGCUCGUCAAUCAGAGUGUAGUAAGAACUUUUACAUCAUUUAAUGUCACAGGCUGGGGUAAAACUAAAACUAGUGAGAUCAGCAAAAAACUUCAAACCGCAACUUUACACAAUUUGGACAAUGCUAUAUGCGGGCCAAUAUUUGGAAUAAGAAUGAGUGAAUCCGAAAUUUGUGCCGGCAGUUGGACCAGCAACACAUGUAUCGGGGAUACGGGGGGUCCGUUGACUGCACAGCUGGUCUAUGGAAAAAUUCAUCGGGUCUUUCAGUUCGGUAUUACCAGCUUUGGAAUGGAAAGAUGCCGUGGAGUUGGUGUGUACACAAAUGUAACACACUAUAUAAACUGGAUCCAAAAUACUGUCAACGAAGAUUUUGUGAUUCGUUUUUCAUAA